AUGGAGAUUCACAACCGACCUGACGAAUGGAAAAUCGAACAAGGCUUGGCCGGUGCUAAGCUGCCGUUCCUGGAUCAGACGGGGCCUGAACCAGUCUUUGUCCAGCCCAGGCCAUGGCCGGAAUUGACCAAGGACCAAGCAGCCAUCGAUGCCGUCGGAAACCGUGAUGAACUGUUUACUCGUGAACUCGAAGGCUGGAAAGGAUAUGUGGAAUGGGAGAAAUAUCCAGAGAAGAAGGAAAAGGCACAUAAGAUCCUGACCUCCCAGGUCUUUCCGCCCAAUCCGGAGUUCCAAAUGGGACCUAUCCCUGACACAAACCCCGUCCUCCCAGGCACGCACUGGAAGAUGUGGCACCACGCAGUUGGUGGUGAGCUUGCUGAUGUCCCUGAGGAUUCCUGGAGUACAGUCCUUCGUGAAAAGCAUCGUGAGAUGUUGCAUCUGCUGCAAUUUCCGUACAAUGGGGAACCUCCCAAGAGGUUGGUGACUGACAAAGCCGUGACACCGAAUUCGCUGCACUUUGUACGCAACCAUGGCGGCAUUCCACUCAUCGACAAAGAUGAAUGGAAGCUGGAUUUGGAUGGGCUGGUCAAGAAUCCGCGUUCAUUCUCCUUUGCAGAUAUCACGGAUGAGUCCAAAUUUCCUCGCGUGGAGAAGUUCGUCACGAUGCAAUGCUCUGGAACCAGACGGAUUGAGCAAAUCUCGCUUUAUGCGGGCCAGGGAGAUGAGGUUCCCCAAGCACCAUGGGCCGAGGGAGCCAUAGGAACCGCGAAAUAUCUCGGGAUCAACCUGAAGGAUGUUAUCGAAGCCUGCGGUGGCCUUGUUAAACCAGCCAAACAUCUCGAACUUUACGGCGCUGAGACCUACUUCAAGGACAACGAAGUGAUGAACUACGUCGUGAGUGUCCCGUGGUCCAAAGUCAAAUACGACGAAGUCCUCCUCUGCUGGGAGAUGAACGACGAACCACUGCCGGCCAUCCACGGCUACCCGGUGAGAAUCAUGGUGUUGGGCUAUAUUGGCGCUCGAAGCGUGAAGUGGGUUUAUCGGAUCAAGGCAAUUGAGAAUCCUUCUCUUGCACCUGUCCAAAGUAAAGAGUAUCUCUACUUCAAUCAACAGACCGGCAAGCACAAUCAACAACCGACAGACGGCAUUCAGAUUCAGGAGAUGCCCGUGAGCUCAGCCAUCAUGUCUCCGUGGACCAAACAAGUGGUGAUCCACAACGGCAAGAUCCACUGCAAAGGUUGGGCGUAUUCGGGCGGUGGACGAUGGCCAGAGCGGGUUGAACUGUCGGCAGACGGCGGUUUCAGCUGGUAUGCAGUGCCCAAUGCCAACCUCUCCAAGAAGGGCAAAUGGACCUGGAGAACGUGGUCGAUUGACCUCCCCUGCGACGUGGAAGGCUGGGUCGAAAUUGUGUGUCGCUGCUGGGACAAUUCAUUGAACACACAGCCCCUGACGGUCCGUGCCGCCUGGAAUUGGGGACUCCACGUCACGAGCUCAGCACACAGGAUCAGUGUUUACAGUAUCAACAAGAGCCGGCCGCGUACCGCAGAGAGGUUGAAGCAAUUUGAGGCUACCGGCUCGCCAUUGGCACCUCUCACCUGGCCCGAGGAAUUUCCGACCCAAACCUGGGAGAACUACAAGAAAUUCUGGGAGGAGAACGAGCCGAGGGACGCGGAAGACUGA